AUGUCCAGCCUAUUCGGUGCACCAACUGUGCCCGCUGUGUCCCCAAGGACAAAGCUAUCAAGAAGUUUGUGA